CGGUCACGCUGCACUGGUGGGCCCGGCGGCCAUUUUGUUUUGGACACCAAGCGGGAGUUGGCGGCGCCGGCUCUGGGGGCCCAGACGAAAGGCAGGAAAGGGCAGGCUUGACGAGCGGGAGGAUCGGUCAGCUAGAUACUCAACCCACAACGAGGAAGCCUCACAUCCUACCGUUUAAGCAUCUAAGCCAACCGCCCAGCUAGUUAACCCGAGCGGCCCGCCGUCAGCUCAGGUUAGGCCGGCCUCCGGGCCGCCCGCCGCAGCCGUGGUGGCAACCCCGGGAGGAGCGCUGGCGUCCAUCUCCUUCGAUUCUCGGGAUUUGAAGAUGGCUGCACAGUCAGCGCCGAAAGUUGUGCUAAAAAGCACCACCAAGAUGUCUCUAAAUGAGCGGUGAGGCAGCCAACAGCAACUUCAGCUCCUUCCUAAGAAAACAUUACUUAAAUUGACCCUGGGGUCCAAUACAAAAAAAGCCAGUUGUAAGCUAAAUGACAGAAGGCUACAGACCUCUGUUCUUAAUUGCAUCUAAUGUGGUACAAAACAAAUUGGGCAGUUGUUUCAAAACCCCUUAUCAGUAGAUUUUUAUAUUAAGCUAUCUGAAAUAUUUACCUGGUGGGAUAUAUUUUUUAAAAGACUCCUCACACCCUCCCUUCAAUUUUUUUUCCUAACAUUGAUACAGGGGUGGUGCAGCAUGAUGGUAUGGUAUAUCCUGGCUGCAAGAGGCUUGCUGCCUAGUCCGAGGCCAGCAGUGUUGUGUCUGGCCUGUAAGAGGCAGGUAGCAAGCCGAGACUAUGUCCAAAGGCCCCUGAAUGGCAUUCUUGGGCCUUGUAAGAGGCACUUGCUUUGCUCCAUUUCACUUUCUUCCCAUUCUGCUUUUUAGUUUGUUUUGUUUUGAAAUCUUUCAUCAGCUGUGUGUUUACUUCUAUUAAACUUAAUCAUAACAGGAAUGAUAGAAUAAUGUCCUCUUAGGCUCUUAAGCGACUUAACUAAUUUAACUUUCUCAGAAGUCCUGAGUCAGAAAGAGUGGUUAUUUGUAUUUAAAGGCAGUUUUUGUUUCUGAGAAUUUCAUUUAUUUGGUGUCUUUCACCAUUUUAUUAUGUUGUUGCUAGAACUCCCAAGGCAUUUAAUUUAGUGCCUGUGUUUGCUUCAGAAGCACAUGUGCUUCUCUGUUCAUCUUUUAAGAUGUGAUACAUUAAUUUCCUGUAUUCAUGUGUUACUAAGUAACAUGUUAGAAUGUAAUAAACUCCCAUAACUCAUGAGUCUGUUAUUUCAGUGGACUUUGAAGGUGCUCUGAUCCUUCCUCCUGUUUGUCCUUUGAAUGAACUUUCACUCUCCAAAAGUGUCGGCAUUUCUGUUUGUCUUUGUAACUGCAUCUCUGUUUCUUGUCAUCAUAUUUGCUUACUGCGUGUAUUUCAUGCUUUCCACUUCUCUUAAGAGCUGUUACCUGAGCCCUUGUUAUCGCUUCUAAUUGUGCUGCCCUUGGCUGCAUUUCUGAGUUUCUGGUUCUUGCAAGUUUGUGGAAACAGAGGAGUCUUUAACCCACAUCAGCCUUGAUCCAAAUGUGCCACUUUAAAGUUCGUGGGAUCUGGAGCUCCUGGUCUAGCAAGCCAUGAGAAUGCCAAUAAGUGUUUUAUAAUAAAGCUUUAUUUAAACACCCGUUUUGUUCGACCUUGAAGCUUUACUAAUAUGCUGAAGAACAAACAGCCGAUGCCAGUGAAUAUUCGGGCUUCGAUGCAGCAGCAGCAGCAGCUAGCCAGUGCCAGAAACAGAAGACUGGCCCAGCAGAUGGAGAAUAGACCCUCUGUCCAGGCAGCAUUAAAACUUAAGCAGAAGAGCUUAAAGCAGCGCCUGGGUAAGAGUAAUAUCCAGGCACGGUUAGGCCGACCCAUAGGUGCCCUGGCCAGGGGAGCAAUUGGAGGAAGAGGCCUACCCAUAAUCCAGAGAGGCUUGCCCCGAGGAGGACUACGUGGGGGACGUGCUACCAGAACCCUGCUUAGGGGUGGGAUGUCGCUCCGAGGUCAAAACCUGCUCCGAGGUGGACGAGCCGUAGCUCCCCGAAUGGGCUUAAGAAGAGGUGGUGUUCGAGGUCGUGGAGGUCCUGGGAGAGGGGGCCUAGGGCGUGGAGCUAUGGGUCGUGGCGGAAUCGGUGGUAGAGGUCGGGGUAUGAUAGGUCGGGGAAGAGGGGGCUUUGGAGGCAGAGGCCGAGGUCGUGGCCGAGGGAGAGGUGCCCUCACUCGCCCUGUAUUGACCAAGGAGCAGCUGGACAACCAAUUGGAUGCAUACAUGUCGAAAACUAAAGGACACCUGGAUGCUGAAUUGGAUGCCUACAUGGCACAGACAGAUCCUGAAACCAAUGAUUGAAGCCUGCCUGCCUGCCCGCCUGCCUGUUAGACUCUUGUUAAAGUCACCACAUCUAUAAAACAACCUUGAGAAAACAUGAGAAGAAAUCUGAUCGAUGCUGGAAGGACCUGUCACAAUAGGCUGUGGACUUACCUGCCACCAGUUGGUGCAUUUAGUCUGUUCUGUCUACUUUUUGAUACUGUGUUAUAUGAAACCCUAUUUUCCUUUAAAUUUGGUUGAGUUUGUUUUGUUGUUUAUCCAGUCACCCAGAUAUCUGUUUGAACAGGAAUGCGUUGGCCUUGUGAGUAGAACAGUUUUCUAGCCUCUGCCUGUCAUAUACUCUUGACAUUUUUAAAUAUUUCCUCUGUUGAUUUUUAUGAUCCCAGAAGGAGCUAGAGUUUUCACUAUUGGGUGGUCUUUGGGAUAGAGUUCUACAUCUUUCUUUAAAAGCUUCUUGUUAAUAGCUGGAGCUAAAGGUGUGUUUGCUAUGUUGAUAGUGAAGGUAGUAAAUUGGAAAUGUUGGUAUUGCUACUGGGCCACAGAAUGGGUAACACGUGGUACCAACUUUGAUUUGGUCAAAGUUGAUGUUGCCUACAUUGAAACCACAUAGAUGGUAGCUGACAAGCUAAGUUGGAAUUUCCACCCUAAGAAAAGAUUUUUAAGCUUAUAAAUCUCUCCUUUUGGCUUUCUGUCUCAUGCCCAAGAGGCUUCUGCACCUCUCACAGAGAAGAAGCAGCUGUUGGUGUAGCACAAGUGGCAGAAGAGACAAGAGUGGGAAACUGGUAACAAACUGACUGCUGGGAAGGGCUCAUGUGCUGCUCGUGCUGAAGUGCAGUUACCUUCCACUUAACUGGCUUUAUUUGACCCUCUUGAAGGUUUAAGUUCAACCAUAUUUUGUCAGCUGUUCAGUUUCAGUGGAAUCUUGUAUUUCUGAUUCAUUAUAACAAAUUGUUCUCUCAAAAUUUAACCCAGGCUUUCUGUUUAUUUGGGGGGGUCUUAAAAUGCUAUAUAACCAUUUUUGUGGUGUGUUAAUAUGUCCCUUGUAUAGUUGAAAAUUCCUGGGGUGGAGCCAGGUAAGAGGGUGGUACAAACCAUCUGCCACUUGGGAAGCAGAGACAGGUGGGUUCUAAGCCAGCUUGAUCUCAGAAUUAGUUACAGUUUAGCCAGGGCUACACCAGCCCUGUCUCAAAAAAAAAAAAAGAUAUUAGGGGUAGAGGAAAUGUUGCUUUGUGGUAGAAAAAGCUUGUGUUCCCCUUUAAGCCUUUAGGAAGAAUUACCUGCCUAGAAAGUACUAGUAGACUGGACCGUGGUUGUUUAGGAGAAAAGAUCACAGGCCUCUUACUGUGCUGUGCAUUAAGAGCCAGGAAGAAAAUACUGAACAAGA